AAGAACUCGCUCCUCUGCUACUCCACGUUUAGUCCAACAAAAACCAACAAAAUUAUUGAAGUCCCUUUGAUUCUUCGUCAUGGGAAUUGAGAUCGAGAGCCUCAAGGGCAUUGCCGGAGGGUGUAGGGCGGUGGCGAAGCCGUGCGAUUCUUGUAAAGCCGCUACCGCUGCGGUGUUUUGUCGGGUUGAUUCGGUUUUUCUCUGCCUGAAUUGUGAUUCAAGGAUUCAUAGCAACAAACUCGUCCCACGCCACGAGCGGUACUGGUUGUGUGAGGUCUGCGAGCAGGCUCCGGCGGCAGUCACUUGCAAGGCGGAUGCUGCGGCCCUCUGCGUCUCCUGUGACGCUGACAUCCACUCUGCCAAUCCUCUGGCUCGGCGCCACGAGCGAGUCCCGAUUGAGCCCUUCUUUGACUCCGCUGAAUCGAUUGUCAAAUCGAGUCCGUUCAGCUUUCUUGUGCCGACGGAAAACGGGUUGUGUCAACCGGAGGAUGGGGAGCCGGGGUCUUGGUUGUUGCCGAAUCCUAAUUUGAAUUCCAAGCUCGCUGUGGACAACGCCGAACUUAAUAAAUCAGUUGAUCUGUUUUUCCCGGAAAUGGAUCCCUUCAUUGAUUUUGACUUCCAAAAUUCAAUUCAGCAGCACCAUCAUAGUGCCGCCAUGGAUAGCGUCGUUCCCGUUCAGACCAAACCUGCAACGAUAAUUCCAGUGAUGUCCCAGGAAAAUUGUUUCGACAUCGAUUUCUGUAGGUCCAAGCUCUCCUCCUUCGGCUAUCCAACUCAGUCUCUCAGUCAAAGUGUUUCAUCUUCAUCACUUGAUGUAGGAGUAGUUCCAGAUGGGAACAUGUCUGAUAUAUCAUACUCCUUCGGUCGAUCCAUGACCAGCGGCAGCGACCCAAGCGCAUCCAUGUCCGGCUCCACUGCAAGCCAAGCAACCCAACUAGGCGGAAUCGAUCGAGAAGCCAGGGUGUUGAGGUACAGAGAGAAAAGAAAGAACCGCAAGUUCGAGAAAACCAUUCGCUACGCUUCGCGAAAAGCCUACGCCGAGUCCAGGCCUAGGAUCAAAGGCCGUUUCGCUAAACGCACCGAAGCCGAAGCUGAAGAAGACGGCAUCUUCGGCUCUGUUUCCGCCGCUGCUGCUGUCGCCGCGGCCGCCGCCGCAGCUUUCAUGGCGGAUACCCAGUACGGCGUUGUUCCCUCGUUUUGAGCGGACUUAUUAUGAUGCUUAACUUAAUUUGAUCUUAAUAGUCUUUUUUUCUUCUAUUUUUUAUCUUGCAAUUAGAAUAAUGGUACCGGGCGGGCGGGCGAAACUGGAAAGCAGUAUUGAUUAUGGUUUUUGAUGUAAAAAUCGGUGUGUUGAUGAAGAUUAGCCGUUAAUAUAAAAGAUCAUGUUCCACGAGAAGGAACUGUUGGUUCCAGCUCCAAAAAAGAAAGCCUCUUUAACUUU